UCUCUUCCCGGUCCUCAAAAGUGUCUCUCACCUGCCUGGUUGAAGCUACGAGGCAUCGCGGCCGAGGAUCGACUAUUGAUUAGGUGCGUGCUGCUAGCAGCCCGAAGGAUCGCACCAAUUUGACCGAGGCUUGUCGUGAGAAAUAACCUCAUGUGCCUGAUAGCUCCGAUGGGGGGUUGAUCCUGCGAAGCGCUGGAGGAACUCAAAUUGAGGAAGAGGUUGCGGGUCGCCGAGGGUUCCGACCCCACACAAACGCAUCGGCCAGUGGUACCCCGCGCGGCCUCGGAGCGGGGGGCGGGCCCGUGACCUGAGUUGCUCCGGGGUCCUGACCGGUGCGUCGGCAAUGAGGCUAUUCCCAGGCUAUGUCUAUCCUAUAGGUGUUAAUCCUGUCAUUUUAGCCCUCAUCCCAGCCUUCAUCCAAUGUAACUGUACCUUGUUUUUGCACAGCAGGCAGCAGCGCGACCAAUUUAGUCCCCUUCGACAGACCGUCCACUUAUGUGACCAGCGGCUCCCCCCUUCAGACUCGGGUAUACUUCUGUCAACGAGGGCUUCUUCAUCUCAAGCCCACCAGGUUCCAGCGUCAUCUCUAAUCCUCAUUCCAAUUAUGCAGGCGACCAAGGGCCCUCUGCGACGAUUGAUCCUCACUACCAGACUACGGCAGGCACGAAGGUCAUUGCAAGUAGCUUCUCUCCACAAUACUCCUAGCAACAUCAAUCAAUCCAUCCAACUGCUGGAUACUUCACCUUUCUUCUUCGUUUCCCUUUUUCUGCCAACAAUAUAUAUCAUCAAUUGGGACACUGCUGGUUCACCCUGCCGAAAGGCAUCACCCAUCUGGCGAUUAACCAGCACUUCUGAGUCCGUCGAUGAAUUACUCAUAGCGGCCCUCCGCACAGCAUACUGCUUCUCAGGACUUUUGGUAGGUUUGUUCCUUUAUUUAACACUCCCUUCUAAUGUUGACAUGCUGCAGGCCUAAGGUACCGGAUUAAGCGAUCCUGCCCCAAGACAUCCUAUUCCAAGUCGACCCGGCCCAAGUCGUUUGCAGCAGCAGUCUGAGCUAAGUGAUUCGAGCUUUCCUAAGCUUAAACUACAUUGAUUAACCGAAUACUAGAAGGCGGCGGCACCUUCUGCCCGUCCCCAACCUCGCAUAUCAGGACCAGUCAUCUGCAGUAAGUUUGUCAACACCCUUGCAU